UUACUGAGUUUGAAUUUGUCUAAAGGACGUGAAGUAGACAUUACUAUCUGUUAUUUGCUACAGAUACCAGACUACAGGAAUGCUGUAAUUGUGGCCAAAUCACCUGCAUCUGCAAAGAGAGCGCAGUCGUUUGCCGAGCGCCUGCGGCUGGGAAUCGCCGUGAUCCACGGGGAAGCUCAGGAUGCCGAGUCGGACAUGGUGGAUGGUCGACACUCACCACCCACCGCCAAAAACGUAGCUGCUAUUCACCCCAGCUUAGAGAUACCCAUGCUGAUUCCAAAAGAAAAACCACCCAUCACGGUCGUCGGAGAUGUAGGAGGAAGAAUAGCCAUCAUUGUGGAUGACAUUAUAGAUGAUGUGGACAGCUUCCUUGCUGCAGCUGAAACCCUCAAGGAAAGAGGGGCCUACAAAAUCUUUGUAAUGGCCACACAUGGCCUGUUGUCUUCAGAUGCUCCCAGGCUGAUAGAGGAAUCUGCUAUUGAUGAAGUCGUUGUCACAAACACAAUUCCACAUGAAAUACAGAAACUCCAGUGCCCGAAGAUCAAGACUGUGGAUAUCAGCAUGAUCCUGUCAGAAGCCAUUCGCAGAAUCCACAAUGGGGAGUCCAUGUCUUACCUUUUCAGAAAUAUUGGACUGGAUGAUUAAUUAUUCCUUUUAUUCUAAAUAAACACCCCAGGCCAAACUGGAAACAAACAGAAAAUGAGCUGUGAAGCAUCAUGCUUACCUUAAUAUUUCAAUUGAGCCACUUUGUUUUCUUUUGUUUUGAAUAUCAAGGUAGAACUGAUUUUUAAGAUUUUUUUUUCCUCAUUUUUUGGGGGGGUAA